UCUCCACUACUGGGUAGACUAGAGAAUAGUUUAGUUUAUUUAGGUUUAGUGUGAUCAUAAAAAUAUUGGGUUAGAGCAAGGAUAAAUAUUACUGAAGACUUGAUGGCCAUCCCCAUAUUCACAUUGCAUCUGAAUCACCACAUAUUACCUGGUAGAGUCAGCAUUGGAAAUUAUAAUGGGUCAGACUUUUGCCUAACAGCAGCAACUACUAGUGAUAAGGUAAUCAUUCAUAACCCUCGUAAGAAAGGCAAUCAAAUCUCGUUAUUAAAUGUGAACCAAGCUGUCAAUGCAAUUUGUGCUGGCCGACUGAAUGAAGAGGACGACAAAGACAUUUUGUUGAUCGGAACUGCAAGUAAUAUAUUAGCAUACCAUGUUGAAAACAACUGUGACAUAUUUUAUAAAGAUGUUGCUGACGGAGUCAACACAAUCACAAUAGGUCACUUGGGCUCCCUUGGAAUCCCAUUGGCCCUAGUGGGAGGCAACUGCUCCAUCCAGGGAUUCGAUUGGCAAGGGAACGAUCCAUUUUGGACAGUCACUGGAGACAAUGUGCGAUCCCUUGCGUUGGUCGACUUUGAUCAUGACGGCCAAAAUGAGCUGGUUGUUGGGUCAGAUGACUUUGAGCUUCGCAUUUUCAAAGAAGACGCCAUCGUUUCAGAGCUGACAGAGACUGAAGCUAUCACUGCGCUCGUUGGUUUUCAAAACCACAAGUUCGGCUAUGCUUUGGCUAACGGUACAGUUGGGGUUUACGAGAAACUUCAAAGAGCUUGGAGAGUAAAAUCCAAGAGCAAUGCGGAGAGUCUCGCGUCUUACGACAUUGAUGGUGACGGAGUGGAGGAGCUGAUUACGGGAUGGUCCAAUGGGAAGGUGGACGCUCGCAACAGUCGGACUGGAGAGGUCGUGUUUCGUGACGUACUCAACCAACCGAUCGCAGGACUACUACGAGGCGACUACACGCAGAGUGGGCAUCCUCAGAUACUAGCCUGCUCCACAGGCGGAGAAGUGCGAGGAUACGAUCAUACAAGCAUCAACAAGGAAGGCUCAGUGCAGUCUGAUGCUGUUAGAGAGUUAUUCUCCAGGAAGCAGACGUUGUUGUUGGAGCUGAAGAAUUACUCUGGAGAGGGUGGACAAAAUGGCAUUCCCGCUAACACACAGCUUCUGACAGAGAUCGCAGUUAGCACUGGAACAAAAGAGACUCCAAUGGGUCACAUACAAGUGCUGCUAUCUACCAACAACGAGACUGUGAUACGAGCUGUGACGGUGUUUGCGGAAGGGAUAUUCGAGGGGGAAACGUUGGUAAUACACCCUCGCAGUGAUCAGGUCAAGUCAACGGUCUGUGUGCCUCUGGUUCCGCCUAAAGAUACUGCCCUUGACAUACAUAUACGGGUAUUUGUAGGACAGUCACAUUCCAGUGAACAGUUCCAUGUGUUUGAGCUGACACGGCAGUUGCCGUGUUUCUCUAUGUACACGAUUGUGAAAGCGUCCCCUACGCCCGCACCCCCCUCUAGCUACGUCACUUUCAAACUCAAUGAGAGAAUACAGCGGGUGGAGAUGUGGUUAAACCAGAACUUUCUCCUACCCGAGGAGAUCAGUAGUAACGGAGGUGAGAGCGAAUGGAUUGUGACGAUGCGAUGUCUCCGAGACAACUCUGUGUUACAGCUGAGCAUCAAGAAAGGCACUGUAGUUGUUGCUACUGAACAUAUGGGUGUAGCUGUAGACAUUGUACAAUCACUGGCCACCUACCUUAAUCUGGACAGUCUCAAGACAAUUGCAGAGUUUCCUGCAGUAUUCUCUCAAAUUGCCGAAUGCCUCAAUCGAGUUGCGGACAUACAGCAAAAUGCUACCAAGAUGGCUGCCGGCGUGGCUGACUCUUCGAGUAUAAUCCGCAGCCUCAUCGUUCAGGCGGAGGACCUCAGACUGUUGCAGCAAAUGAAAGACAUGAGAGACUGCUACAAUGACUUACAACAAAUCAAUGAAGAGCUGGUCCACACUUACGCUGUCAGGGUUGCCAACCAUGAACUGCUACUGGAGACGCUGCGUAGCAUCAACGUCAUCAUUCAACAGGCUGCCAGGCUUAGAGUUGGAAAGCACAAGAACGAUGUAAUCACCCACUGCAGAUCAGCAAUGUCCAACAACAACAUCAGCGCAUUGAUAAAAGUGAUCAAGACCGGAGAACCUUGAGUCAGGAGUCGGAGGAAAAGACUUUAUUUUAGAAAUAUAAUGUUGUUUAACUCGGAGAUGUGCUUAUUAUCCAAGAAUA